UCCCCCAAGAGUAGUCACUGAGGUCUGCCAAUCUGCUGUCUGUCCCCCGCCGAUCUGCUCCCAGUCCCUGCUUUGUUUUUAUCCAUCCUCACCCUCACCAUGGCUGCUCUCUCUACAGAUGAACCCUUCCCUUUCCACGGCCUGCUGCCCAAGAAAGAGACAGGUGCUACCUCUUAUCUCUCCCGCUUCCCCGAGUAUGACGGCCGAGGUGUGCUCAUCGCUGUCCUGGACACCGGGGUGGAUCCCGGGGCCCCCGGCCUGCAGGUCACAACAGAGGGAAAGCCGAAGAUCGUUGACAUCAUCGACACGACGGGCAGCGGGGAUGUGAACAUGACCACCGUCGCAGAGCCCAAGGAUGGGACAAUCCCCGGCCUUUCUGGAAGAACCUUGCAGAUCCCCCCGUGCUGGGUCAAUCCAUCAGGGAAGUACCGCAUCGGAGUUAAAAACGGUUACGAGAUAUUCCCCAAGGCCCUGAAGGAGAGAAUACAGAAAGAGCGUAAGGAGAAGUUGUGGGACCCCCCCCACAGAGCUGCCCUAGCAGAGGUCAGUCGCAGGAUGGAUGAGUUUGACCUCGCUCACCCCACCCCUUCCCAGCUGGAGAAGCUGCAGAAGGAGGAGCUGCAGAGUCGCUCGGAGCUCCUGGCCUCUCUGGAGAAGAAGUACAGUGACCCAGGCCCCGUGUACGACUGUCUGCUCUGGAACGACGGAGACACCUGGAGGGCGGUGGUGGACACCUCUGAGUGCGGGGACCUGUCCCAGGGUACGGUGCUGAGCUCCUAUAGAGAAAACCAGGAGUAUGCUACACUCGGCAACGCAGAGAUGCUCAACUACUCCGUCAACGUCUACGACGAGGGAAACACACUGUGCAUCGUCACCAGCGGAGGAGCUCACGGUACCCACGUGGCCAGCAUCGCUGCAGGGUGCUUCCCAGACGACCCAAAGCGUAACGGUGUGGCCCCCGGGGCUCAGAUCCUGGCCCUGAAGAUCGGAGACACGCGCCUCAGCACCAUGGAGACGGGAACCGGGCUCAUACGGGCUAUGAUUGAGGUGAUCAAACACAAAUGUGACCUGGUGAACUACAGCUACGGAGAGGCCACACACUGGCCCAACUCAGGGAGGAUCUGUGAGGUCAUCAACGAGGCGGUGCAGAAACACAACGUGAUGUUUGUGUCGAGCGCCGGGAACAACGGACCCUGCCUGUCCACGGUGGGCUGCCCUGGAGGGACCACCAGCAGUGUUAUAGGGGUUGGGGCCUACGUGACCCCCGACAUGAUGGUGGCGGAGUACUCCCUGAGGGAGAAGCUCCCGGCCAACCAGUACACCUGGUCGUCCCGGGGACCCAGCAUCGACGGCGCCCUGGGGGUCAGCAUCAGCGCUCCGGGGGGAGCCAUCGCCUCCGUCCCCAACUGGACCCUCCGGGGGACCCAGCUGAUGAACGGCACCUCCAUGUCCUCGCCCAACGCCUGCGGCGGCAUCGCACUGGUUCUCUCAGGUGUAAAGCAGACUGGCAUCAGUACCAGCGUGUCGGGGGUGAGGAGAGCGCUGGAGAACACCGCUCAGAGGGUGGAGGACAUCGAGAUGUUCGCUCAGGGUUACGGAAUCCUCCAGGUGGAACGGGCUCUGGAAUACCUCACGCAGCAUGCCUCCCUACCCACAAGCCACCUGGGAUUCUCCGUAACCGUGGGAACGCAGCGAGGCAUCUACCUCAGGGACCCUGCCCACAUCCUGGCACCCUCAGACCACUGUGUGGGAAUUGAACCCGUGUUCCCAGAGAACACAGAAAACUCUGAGAAGAUCUCCCUCCAGCUCCACUUGGCCCUCACCUGCUCCGCAUCAUGGGUGCAGAGCCCCGCCCACCUGGAGCUGAUGAACCAAUGUCGUCACUUCCACCUCCGCAUCGACCCCCAGGGACUGAGGGAAGGACUGCACUACACCGAGGUGCUGGGUUAUGAUACAUCUGCUCCUGGGGGUGGUCCUCUAUUCAGGGUUCCCAUCACCGUUAUCAUCCCAACCAGGGUGAGUGAGGGGGCCAACCAGGAGGUUGUUCUCUCAGACGUCCACUUCAGGCCGGGUCAGAUCAGACGGCACUUCAUCACCGUCCCAGCAGGCGCCUCCUGGGCAGAGUUGACCCUGAGCUCCCAUUCAGGGGACGUGUCUUCCAAGUUCGUGCUCCACGCGGUCCACCUGGUGAAGCAGAAGGCCUACCGCGCCAACGAGUUCUACAAGUUCGCCUCUCUGCUGGAGAAGGGCUCCCUGACGGAGGCCUUCCCUGUCCUGCCAGGCCGUAUCGUGGAGGUGUGUAUCGCUCGCUGGUGGGCCAGUCUGGGAGAUGUGACGGUGGACUACACCAUCUCCUUCCAUGGCCUGCACACGCACCCCUCCCCCCUACACAUCAAUGCAUCGGAGGGCGUGACCAGCUUUGAGGUUUCAUCUCCUCUCCGAUAUGAAGACGUAGCUCCCAGCAUCACACUCAAGUCCUGGGUACAACCACUGAGGCCAGUAAACUAUAAGAUCAGAGCUCUGGGUAUGCGAGACGUUCUGCCCGACAACAGACAACUGUACGAGAUGCAGCUCACCUACACCUUCCACCAGCCUAAGAGUGGGGAGGUGACCCCUAGCUGCCCUCUGCUGUGUGAGCUGCUCUAUGAGUCCGAGUUCGACAGCCAGCUGUGGAUGAUGUUCGACAGCAACAAGAGACUGCUGGGCUCAGGAGACGCCUACCCUCAACAGUACUCCCUGAAGCUGGAGAAGGGCGACUACACCAUCCGACUGCAGGUGCGCCACGAGCAGUCCGGCGAGCUGGAGCGCAUCAAGGACCUCCCCUUCGUGGUCUCCCACCGCCUGCCGAGCACGCUGAGCCUGGACGUCUACGAGACUCACCGCGCCGCGCUCGCCUCCAAGAAGAAGACCACCUCCCUCACCAUGUGUCCAGGCAGCACCCAGCCCUUCUACACCGUCUCCCUGCCCGACGACAAGGUUCCCAAGGGAACGUGUUCAGGCUGUUACCUCACCGGUUCCCUGGUCGUUCCCAAGAGCGAGUUUGGCAAGAAGGCUGGGCAGGCUUCUGCAAAACGACAAGGCAAGUUUAAGAAGGAUGUGGUUCCCGUGGUGUACCACCUGAUCCCUCCCCCGAACAAGGUGAAGAACGGAGGCAAGGAGAAGGAAGGAGGGAAGGAGAAGGAGGCAGGAAAGGAGAAGGAAGAAGAGAAGGAAAAGAGUGUGAAGGAGGAGUUCAUCGAGGCCAUGAGAGACCUGAAGAUACAGUGGAUGACAAAGCUGGAAGGCAGCUGCGUGUACGAGGAGCUGAGGGAGCUGUACUCCUCCUACCUCCCCCUGCACGUCCAGAGGCUCCACCAGCUGGACGCGGAGAAGGAGCGGGUGAAGCAUCUCCCUGAUGUGGUGACGGCAGCAGACCAGGUCCUGUCCCUCAUCGACCAGACGGCUCUGGCGGUUCACCUCACCCUGAAGACCGACCCACGGCCCGAGGCCGCCACUAUAAAGAGUGACAUGGAGAAGCAGAAGACGUCCCUGUUGGACGCCCUGUGUAGGAAGGGAUGUGCUCUGGCCGACCAGCUCCUGCUGCCCCCCCAGGAUGGGGAGGGGGCCGUUGCUCUGGGGGAGGCCGAGGGGGAGCGGCAGGCCGAGGGCCCCCAAGGGCCUGAGGAACAGGCGGGCAGCAGCAGCUCUGAGGACGGCCAGACCAGCCUGGAGAAGAACCUCAUGGAAACCUUCUGGGAGGUCCAGAAGUGGGCGGAGCUCACCGACACCAAGGUGUUAACCUUCUCCUAUAAACACGCGCUGGUAAACCGAAUGUACGGUCGCGCCUUGAAGUAUGCGUCCAAGAUGGCGGAGGACAAACCCAGCAAGGACAACAUGAAGAACUGCAUCCAGCUGAUGCACCAUCUGGGAUGGACCUACUGUGCCACCUUCACCCAGAACUGGCUGCCUGUCUUGUACCCUGCAGAAUACACACCCUUCUAACACGCACACACACACCCAUCGGACACACAAAGACACCCUUCUAACACACACACCCUUCUCACACACACACACACACACCCUGUUCUAACACAUGAACACGUCCUUCUAACACACACACACACAGACCCUUCUAACGCACGCAUCAUUCUAACAUACCCUUUUAACACUUAAACACAUACACUCACACACCCUUCUAACACACACGUGCACACAUGCACGCACGCAAACACCCUUCUAAACACACACACACACACACACACACACACACACACUGUCAAUAUAAAGGAUGAGAAUGUGGUGUUUUCUCUUAACGUAGACGAGGAAGAAAGGGGAUGAAACCAAAAACAGGGAAAUGAUCCUUCAGCCAGCUGCUGACCUGGAAGUCACAUCAAGCUAACGCUAGUCUGAUGCCAGCCAAAUGCUAACCUGAAGCUAGCCUGAUGCUAGCCUAAUGCAAGCCUGAACCUAUUCUUUCUCAAGCCUAAUGCUACCCGGAUGCUAGCCCAAACCCUGACCCUAAUUCCACCUUAAUGCUAGCCUUACUCUCACGCUAACGCUAGCCUAAUGCUAGGUUAACGCUAGCUUAACACACGCCUUAAGCUAGGCUAAUUAGACAGUUUGGUUGAGGGUUACUCAAUUGGUCUGUUAGUAUGGUGGAGGGUUUGUCCGGCCACAGGCGAGACAAAUCAUCUCUGAAUGGAAGAUGUAUUCAGACCUUCUACCACAACCGACAGACUAUCUCCACCACCACCACCACCUCACUGUCUGAAGAACCCUCUACGAUCCUCCCCUGUGAACUGCCCCUCUAUAUCUACUGUACAUACACAUAUCUAGAGGCAAUAUAAGAAUAUCAAAACGUAUCUAGUACUCUCCAUGACUUAGUUUGCAUAUAUGCAUGUCUUCUGAAUAUGGAAGGAAAAAAACAAACGGUUUGGGGCAAACAUUUAGGUUUGUUUUGAGUUUAACAACAUUUUUUAACCCUGGGAAGACUUCACCUGACGGUGAUUUGCUGCUUGCACCCUUCUACCCAUUUUAAUUUUUAUCAUUUAACAGCGCAGCGUCCUGUUUGCAUUAGCGUUUGAUCCUCCCAGAGAGCUCAGCAGCUGUCGUUAAAGUGUUGUCUAUGUUCUUUUAAAACUGCUAAAGCGAUUGCUUCAACAGAGGUUUGAAUACCUUCUCAUCGACAGCUGUCUAUCACAACUCUCGUCCUCUUGGGGCGGGUCUUGUUGCCUCAGACACGUUCCUAUAGGCUGAGCCUCUCCUUGAUUGACAGGAUAUGAAUUGCAGUUGAUAACAGGAUAAACCCUUAGAAGCCCCACACCUCCAUCCCCCGUGUAUUUAUCAAUCCUGUUCCCGUCACGUCGGUUUUGUAUGUUGCCAACGGUUGGUGUUUCGGGGGUUCAGUGUUUGAAGGCCUUAACUAUCUGGACCAGUCCGUCCUCCACUUCCAGCGCACGCUGGGUGCCGACUCGAUAGAUUCACACACGAGGAAACGCCAAUGUGUUAUGUCCUGCCCCUGAGUUUUUUUUUGUUGUAUUGUUUUAAAGACGGCACGUUAUUCCCCGAUUAUUUCACCUCGCCUGUAUGGAUGUAUAUCAACAGAGGGAAGAUGACAAUAAAAUGAUUUUGAAGAUUUUAAAUAA